CGCUCCAACCCCGUUCAAGAAGAGGAGUCCUCUUCAUCAUCUAGUGAGGAAGAGGAGGGCGAUCAGCUGCAAAACGAAGAGCUUUAUGGCAAAGUGGUGUGUGUGCAUGGAGUCGUCACUAGCGACAAGAAGAAAACCACAUGGUAUCCUGCGCUGGUCAUCUCUCCAGACUGUCACGAAGAUGUGACAUUGAAGAAAGACAACGUUUUUGUUCGCUCCUUCAAAGAUGGAAAAUUUUACACAGUUUUGCGGAAAGCCAUUCGAGAGCUGGAUGAAGAGAAAGCUCCUAAAGCGGACGCAGGACUCAAACCAGCGUUAGAUGCAGCGUGGGAUUUCCAGCGUAACCGCACUGUGCCCAACACGUGGAGGACGGAGGUGAAGGAUGAAAGCUCCAGCAGUGAGGACGAUGAAGAGGAGGAGGAACACGAGGAAGAGGCCAGCAGCGAGGAGGAAGAGGUGAGAUUCUUCAUGUCUGAAGUAGCGGCGCGUGUAAUCAGUGUAGGAACUCCUAUCAAUAAGCGACCGGUGCUGGGCUACAGGAACCUGAAUCUUUUUAAACUCUACCGGCUGGUGCAUAAGCUCGGAGGAUUUGACAAUAUCGAGAUCGGAUCUGUCUGGAAGCAGGUGUAUCAGGAUCUGGGCAUCCCCGUGCUCAACUCCGCAGCCGGUUACAACGUCAAAUGCACCUACAGAAAGUACGUACAUCCUUCAUCAGCCCCUUUCCCAGGGAGACAAGAGGAGAACGCAGAAUCCACGGCACCUUGUGAAGAUAAAGUGGACAUCAGCAGUGUAAAUGAGGAGGAGGAGGAGGAGGAGGAGGAGGAUAACCACGCUGAUGAAGAGGAGAGCGAUACGAAAGAGGAGGCCAGAGAAUGCGUCCCGACAGUGCAGAGUCCCGUCACUGAGAGCGUGGAGGAGAAACCAUGCGAGGAACCCGACGACAAAGAUCUGUCAGGGGAUGUCAGCAGUCAGGAGUGGGAGGAAGGGGAGGAGUUUGAGUGUUACCCUCCUGGGAUGAAGGUGCAGGUGAGGUAUGGGCGAGGCCACAAUCAGAAGACGUACGAAGCCACUGUGAAAGAGUCAGACCUGGAGGGGGGAGAGGUGCUCUACCUGGUGCACUACUGUGGCUGGAACGUCAGGUAUGACGAGUGGAUCAAAGCCGAUAAGAUUGUCAGACCAGCCAAUAAGAACGUCUCUAAAAUAAAACACCGCAAAAAAAUAAAGAAUAAAGCAGAACGAGAAAGAGACCGAAUAGAGCGGCUGACAGACAGAGAGGAUCUUCCUUCAUCCAAAAAUCGCAUCAAUCGACUGUCCAAACCGAACUCUGGCAGUGAUGUUUUCUCCAAGAUGGAGGAGUGUGGUGAUAAAGGAAGCCAGCAGACGCCCGUUAAGCCCAUAGAGAUCACGUCUAUUCUCAAUGGCCUCCCAGGCUCUGAAAGCUCCACAGACGAAAGUGAGCGAGAAGAAGACUUUCAGCUAAGAGGUUUUGUGUUAGUGUUGAUCAGUGUUUGCCUCUUCUCUCCUCUGGGUGGCGCUGCAGCCCACAGCAGUGACAGUGAGGACCAGUGUAUGAGCGAGAGCACUGCCAAGUCCCCCACAUCCAAGAGCAGCAGCGAGCUGAAGUCAGCCAUCCCGCACAAGUGCUCCGGCCGGAUGCCCCCCUCAGGCCACAAGUACCACAAACACGCUGACCCGGAUCACUCCCACGACCGGACCAAGUGGAGCUUCCAGACGUCGGACCUGGAAAAGAUGAGCAGUCUAGAGCGGAUAGCGUUCCUUCAGGAGAAACUGCAGGACAUCAGGAAUCACUACCUCCUGCUCAAAUCAGAGGUGGCCUCCAUCGACAGGAGACGCAAGCGCAUGAAGAAGAAAGAGAGAGAGAAACCCUCUUGUGUCCCGGCAGGUGCGGCGGCGGCUUCGUCCUCGUCCUCGUCCUCGCCGUCCUCCAGCUCUCUGACAGCGGCUGUCAUGCUGACGCUGGCGGAUCCCACGGUGUCCGGCGCGUCACAGACCUCGGGGGUGUCCGUGGAGUGCAGGUGACAGCAGCGGGACGCCGGCGAGCAGCACAGAGCACUUAACCAGCACCCCAAAGACACUGACCGACACAGCGACGGGGUGCAAACGUGACGAAACCAUAGCCACCAGACAGCAACAAGCACUAUUUUAUAACGACAACUGUUUCCUUGGCAAGCUAAUUGCACUCAAGUGCACUUUUUUUCUGGUGGGUCGGGUUUGACAGCAGGACAAAGACUUUUCCACUGCACGGUACGGCUCACUUUUGGAUGGUUUUCCACUGGGUACAGUACCUGGUACUUUUUUUAGUACCACCUCGAUUGAGGUUCCAAGUGAACCA